AUGGUCGAGGCAAAUAGUUUGUUAAACAAGGUUCUAAUCACAAUUUCUGCGAUUCUCACUUUGUUGAGUACAACUGUUAUUUUCGUUACAUAUAUCGCAUUGAAGGAUUACCGAUCAACCUCAAGAAGAAUUCUUGUUUAUAUCUCCAUCGCCGACUUCUUACUUGCUGCAAGUAACUUGUUUGGAGUGUGGAAGCCACACGAUAGAAGUGGAAGGAUUUGCAAGAUACAAGCCUGUGCCUCGGCGUGCGCUUAUUUAUGGUCGGUUCUUUGGACAACGUUUCUCGCCGUUUUCUUGUACACCACUGUAGCGAAGAGACAGCAUCGCAAAGGAGAGAUCAUGCUCAAAGUUUUUCAUGUCUUUGGAUGGGGAAUUCCUUUUAUUAUCGUGGGAACUGCUUUAGGACUAAACAAACUAGGAAACAACAGCAACACUCUGACAUCCGGUUGGUGUUGGCUAGACUCAAAUCUGAGAAGAGAUGAUUUGCACUUAUGGCUUUGGCUUAUAGGAAUAGCUUAG